AUGGCAGACGGUGUGGACCACAUAGACAUUUACGAGGAUAUAGGUGAAGAGUUCAACCAGGAAGCUGAAUAUGGUGGGCAUGAUCACAUAGAUUUGUAUGAUGAUGUCAUCUCUCCAUCCGCAAAUAAUGGAGAUGCCCCAGAAGACCAGGAUUACAUGGAUACUCUCCCACCAGCUGUUGGUGAUGAUGUGGGUAAAGGAGCAGCACCAAAUGUUGUCUAUACAUAUAUGGGAAAGAGAAUUGCAUUAUAUAUUGGAAAUCUAACACGGUGGACAACAGACGAAGACUUAACUGAAGCAGUGCAUCCUUUGGGAGUAAAUGAUAUUUUGGAGAUAAAGUUUUUGGAAAACCGAGCAAAUGGCCAAUCAAAGGGGUUUGCCCUUGUUGGUGUUGGAUCUGAAGCAUCCUCAAAAACGUUAAUGGAUCUGUUGCCUAAAAGAGAACUUCAUGGUCAGAAUCCUGUUGUAACUCCAAGCAAUCAACAGUUCCUGAGUCAAUUUGGCAUGCGGACCAGGAAAACUACACAAUCAGGACAAAUGUCUGGGGAGGGUAAAGCUGGUCCUCCAGGAGGCAGUUCACGUGCAGCAUUUCCACAAGGUGGUAGAGGACGGGGCCGUUUUCCAGGGGAUGUUCCCAGUGGGGACAGAUUUCCUUGGCCAGGAGAGCUACCCCCACCUUUCCCAGCUGGGCAGACUCCACCACGUCCACCCUUCGGUCCUCCAGGCCCACCAGGUCCACCUCCACCUGGUCAGGUUCUGCCAUAUGAUAGGGGUGACUAUGGGCCUCCUGGAAGGGAAAUGGAUACAGCAAGAACUCCACUGAGUGAAGCUGAGUUUGAAGAGAUCAUGAAUAGAAAUAGGGCAAUCUCAAGCAGUGCUAUUUCAAGAGCCGUGUCUGAUGCCAGCGCUGGUGAUUAUGGGAGUGCAAUUGAGGCAUUGGUAACUGCAAUUUCUUUAAUUAAACAAUCCAAAGUAUCUGCUGAUGAUCGUUGCAAAGUUCUUAUUAGCUCUUUGCAAUUUUGCCUUCAUGGAAUUGAAUCCAAGUCUUAUGGUUCUGGAUCAAGACGUGAACGAUCAAGAGAGAGGGACCGUAGUAGAUCACGAGAAAAGCGUCGGCGCCAUAAAUCCCGCAGUAGAGAUCGUCAUGAUGAUUAUUAUAGAGAGAGAAGCAGGGGAAGAGAGAGACACCGUGACCGAGAUCGGGACCGAGACCGAGAGCGCGAGUAUCGUCAUCGCUAGAAGCUGAAGGAAGAGGAACACCUUCCAAGACAAAACAGUCUUCAUGAGGGAAACAUGACGCUUGUCCAGCAGUUUGCUUCUUGCGGUUGAACUGAACCUGUAAGGAUUCAUGGAUAAAAUGAACAGGAAUAGAUCUGAAUAAA